CUGGGAUCAUUUUGAGGAGAGCGGCGCGUGGAGCGUUACACACGGAGACAGCACACUCCAACAUCACUUUACGAUCGCUGAAAACCUGUUGAUCCUCCAGUUUGUACUCUCAUCUACUUUACCAUCGGAGAACAUUAAACUCAUCUGAAGCAGGAAAUAAAGGCUUUGCAAACUUUGUCCACGGAGAGUGCAGUUUCCUCUCUGAGAGCUGCACAUCCACAGGAUCUCUCUUCACCUGCUGAGCAGAUUCCCACGUGGACAAACCCUUCGUUUGAUUUCUAACAUGGACGAGCGUCAGGGCUGGGUGAAGAAAGCGGCUGUGGGGACGAGGACUUGCGGCGAGGAGCCUUCAAAUCCGCUUUGGAGAUACUGGAGAGGUUUGUCCGGCGCGGCGCUGUGUCUGCUGUGCGCUGGAGUUUGUGUCGUGAUUUUUGUACGGACGUCGGAGUUGCAAUCCAGGAUAACAAAGCUGGAGCGGCAGCAGCUCUCGGCAUGGAUGUUGUCUGUGGAGCAGGUGGAGCCCGUCAUCCUGAACCGCCUGGACCAGAUUCUGGACGAGAAGCUUUCUGCUCGGUUACCAAAGUCGCGUGAGGUGAGGGAAGCUCAACACAGUUGCCUGUGUCCUCCUGGACCUCCAGGUCCUCCUGGACGAGCAGGCUUUCCGGGUGACAAAGGAAGUUUGGGGAUUCCUGGAAGAAGGGGCUUUAAAGGACACGCAGGGGAAAAGGGAGUGCCAGGAGAGCCAGGUCUGUCUAUCAUUGGACCAAGAGGACCUCCUGGACAACCUGGGACAAGAGGAUUUCCAGGCUUUCCAGGUCCCAUUGGGUUGGACGGCAAGCCAGGACACAGUGGACCCAAAGGAGACAUGGGUCAGCGUGGCCCAAAAGGACUCCCGGGGGAACCUGGACCGAAAGGAGAGAAGGGUGUCUGUGGAGACUACACACACCGGAUGUUGCCCAUCACCGUGCGCAACAUGCCCUCAAUAAGCCCUCUAAUCUUAAAACGCCUCAAGCAGGGCGAGCCUGGAGCACAAGGCCCCCCGGGACCUCCUGGUCCACCCGGACCACCAGGAAACCCAGGUCUGAGUGGAGCCAGCGGUCCACCGGGUAAACAAGGUGAACCCGGAAAACCAGGCAAAGACCCACAGCUUUUACCAGGACUAAAGGUAAUACAGUUCUUUUCUUCUAAAACACCUUCAUUGCAACUUUGA